UGAACCAUAUAAUACUUGUAUACAUGCAUAUGUGUGUCAAUUUAAUUAUAUGGUAAUGCAUUUGCUGAAACUUCAAUUAAUUGUGAACACAUAUUUUGCAGCAUAGAGAAAUGGAAGACUAUGUUAUAAGGACAAUUGUUGUUGGAGUUGUUUCAUGGACAUCAGCUUUUGUCCUAGUGAGAAGAAUCUUUCCCAAGCGUUCUUUUGAUUUCUGCAACCGCGUUGUGUCCACGCUCCAUGCAACUUUAGCAGUCACAUUGGCUUGGCUCUCUGUUGAAGAUUGGAAGUGUCCAAUUUGUCCUGUGGGAUCAAAAUCUUCACCCAAACAGAUGCAAGUCCUAGCAGUUAGCCUUUCUUAUCUCAUUUAUGAUCUAGCUUGUUGUCAAUUGGAUGAAAGAGUGAAUCUAGACAACACCGUCCACCAUUUGGUAAGCAUUGUUGGAAUUGGAGCAGGUCUUUCCUAUCAAAAGUGUGGCUCAGAAAUGGUAGCGACAAUAUGGAUAACAGAGAUAUCAAGCCCAUUCUUGCAUUUGAGGGAGCUUCUUAAAGAGCUUGGUUACAGGGAUACCCUUCUUAAUUUGGCUGCUGAUAUUCUAUUCGCAGCCAUAUUUACAUUUGCUAGGAUGGUGGUCGGACCAUGUAUCACUUACGUAACUUUAUCUGCCAACUAUCCACUUCUCAUAAAGGCUAUGGGAUUGGGUUUGCAGCUGGUAAGUGCAUUCUGGUUCUUCAAAAUUGUAAGAAUGAUGAAACACAAAUUAACCAAAAGAACAACAUCGAAAUAUGGGGUCAACCACGCCAACAUCACGAGGAAGACCACUAACUCAAAAUUGCAAUAGAGUCAGCAAUCAUCAAGAAUGAGAGAGACACAAGACAUAAGGAUACUUCAAUCAGUUAAAUGCAUGCUUGCUACUGCAUCUUGACCAACUCACUCUGACGUGGUUUUUCGAAAUGCAGUGCCUAAUAGGCUAUUAUAGAAGUGUGAAUGUAAUUUUCAAGCUGAUUGGCAGCUGAAUUUGAUUGGUUUGUGCACCUGGGCACGUACAUUAAUUUUACACUAUUUCUAGUGGACAAAUUUGGUUUAUACGGAA